AUGGAUGCGGUCUCGACAUACAGCUUCACGACCCUGGCUUGGCUGUCCAUCCAAGCUGUGCCUUUAAUCGUGUGGCCGACGUUCAUUGCAUCACUACUCACUCCGAACUACCAACAUGCCAACCUCGUUGAGCAAUACUUCGCGCGAUCUCUAGGUUUCGCGCAGCUCACUCUCGGCCUCGUCGUCGUUUGUCUGACAGGAGCCGUACCUUUGACUUCUCUAACUGACACCCCGGCGGAUGCUAUUUCUCCAUUCGCCAAUGCCGUGAUUCUCCUGUCCUCCAUAUAUCAUUCAUCCACAGCUUUCUACAGUUACGUUAGGUUCAACGCAACUAACACUGGGGGCUUCCUAAUUGGCGCCGCGGGGUCCGGAUUUCUCGCAGCAUUUGGCUUGUGGUGUCUCAUGUUCGGUGCUGGCAGCCACAUUAGCAAGAGGACAGGGGCGGACAAGAGGACCAGUGGAUUCCCGUUCAAGAACAGAGAGGCGAGCAAGAGAAAAGGCAAAGAGCUGUAG